AUGUUCACUUUGCUCCCGCCCCACCCCAUCCACGACAUAUCUGCCAUCUCAAACCACAUAACCAGCCUAUCACACGUGGCAAAACAAAUCCAGUCAGUGACACCCGAAGCCUGGGACCGCCGAUUCGAGUACGAAGACGUCUUCUCCCUGCUGUUGUACUGGGAAGAUGACGAUUUGAAGGUUGCCCCUGAGGUAGAGAGCCUCGGGGCGACCCUGCGCGACAUCUACCACUACAAGACAGAAACAUGGAAGAUUCCAAGCAAGCGACCCGACUGGGACAUCAAAGAACGGCUCAUCCGAUUCCUGAGGGCCAACGACGACCAAGGCAACCUUGUAAUGUUCUACUACGCCGGCCACGCCGUUCCGAACCCGCAGAUCGGCGGCGCCCCGCUGUGGUCUUCGAGGAGAACACACGGCAAGACCAUGUUCUCUGGCAGCAUACUUUCGACAAUCGAGGAAGCCGAGUCUGACUUUUUACUCUUAUUCGACUGCUGCAACGCGUACCACCCGCCGAACGGGCCGAGCGGCUCGGGCCGGAAUAUCAUCGAGGUGAUAUCCGCCGUCGGCUUUGGCGGUGGCGCCGUCGCUGCUGAGCCCGGCGUAGACUCUUUUACGUACCAUCUGGACGAAGCGCUUGCUCUGGCAAAAAGACGUGGUCCCCUCAAGGUUGUCGACUUGUACAUGCACAUUAUCAACCGUCUUUUUCCUGAGGCCCCAGCUCGACUUCGGAGCGGGUCCUCUUUCGUGGUCGACGGCAACGGGCCCGUGGAUCAGAGGUCGAGAAGACAAUGCCUGGUACACUAUUGGCUGAGCGGACGGGACAAGAGCAUCACCCUUGCGCCCCUAGAGAAGACCAGCAGUCCAUGUACCGACAAAGGCCCCCAGGACACGGAUGUUGACCUGCCGCGCGUCUCGAUCGAGACCCCAAAAGAUCUCGCGGAGACGGGUGUUGCCUAA